GCUACUACAACAUUUAAAUUAAUAGCAGACUACUUUUAUUUUUAUUGACUCAAAAGCUUUAACUUUAAAUCGUAACUCCAGAUGAAAAUGUUAAAUAAAAUGUUACACUUAAUGUUGUGAUGGGCUGGGUCACAAGUUUCCUGUGUGUCUCAAUACAUCUGGCCCUGGCUGUUGUGGAUUUGAACGUUCAGGAAAUCCAGUAUGUUGCUGACCAUCUGACAGACAAGAAAUGUGAUCAACUCAUGGAAGCGCUGGGUGAAAAAACAUUUAUGAUUCACCCAGAAAGGUUCACCACCCCAAAACCAGUUCAAGGUCACCCUGAGGCGCCCUGUGUGAGAAGGAUUCGAGCCUGGAGCAAAGAUCAAGGCAAGAACAUGACUUUUGAGUUUUUAGCGCUCAGGCUCAGAGAGAUUGGUUUAGAGAAGGAAGCUGACAAGUUGUCCCGCACUGUCCUUGGUGAGACCGUCCAAGAGCUCCACCGCUACUUCCUGGAUGACCCCUUCAAGGAGAUGAUCCCCACCAAAUCUUUCAUGGUAGACAAGGAUGACCUCACCACAAAGUUACUUCCAGUGCUGGACGAGGAGGACAAAUACGACCGUCUGUUUGUGGCGGUCAUCUGCAUGACAGUCUUGUGUGCAACACUCUGCAUGUCCAUCAGCGUGUGUCUGGUCUGUCCAAGACUCGGACACUACAUCUGUGUACGUGCAUGCCCGUCCCUCUGCUCAUCACUCUAUGAUGUCAUGAUUGACAGCUGUCACAGAGUUUGGUAUGGAGGCAGGAGGAGCAUGGAUAAAUACUUGUUCGUCACGCCCCCUGGUGGGAGUGGCUUAAUGGUCUAAUAUUUGUUUUCACAUUUUACACAAACUUGAGCUUAAUUCAUUUGUUGUAUACAAUUUGUUUCAUCA